UGGAUUUCAGGAAGAUGAGAGUCUGGCGCAGCCUGGCCAGCUCCCAUGAACGACUGGUUCAUUUCACUCUGUGUUCCUAAUCCCAGAAGGAAUAGGACAGCUCUGUGAAGUCCCUGAAAGCCUGUUUGCCUCACAGACAUGAAGCUUCAGAAUGGUCGUCCCAUUCCACCUACAUCCUCGUCUAGCCUCCUCCCAUCUGCUCAGCUGCCUAGCUCCCAUAAUCCUCCACCCGUUAGCUGCCAGAUGCCAUUGCUAGACAGCAACACCUCCCAUCAAAUCAUGGACACCAACCCCGAUGAGGAGUUCUCCCCCAAUUCAUACCUGCUCAGAGCAUGCUCAGGGCCCCAGCAAGCCUCCAGCAGUGGUCCUCCAAACCACCACAGCCAGUCGACUCUGAGGCCCCCUCUGCCACCCCCGCACAACCACACGCUGUCCCAUCACCACUCGUCCGCCAACUCCCUCAACAGAAACUCGCUGACCAACCGGCGGAGUCAGAUCCACGCCCCGGCCCCCGCACCCAAUGACCUGGCCACCACGCCCGAGUCCGUCCAGCUUCAGGACAGCUGGGUGCUGAAUAGCAACGUGCCGCUGGAGACCCGGCACUUCCUCUUUAAGACGUCCUCGGGAAGCACGCCCCUGUUUAGCAGCUCCUCCCCGGGAUACCCUUUGACCUCAGGAACGGUUUACACCCCGCCACCCCGCCUGCUGCCCCGCAAUACGUUCUCCAGGAAGGCUUUCAAGCUGAAGAAGCCCUCCAAGUACUGCAGCUGGAAAUGCGCCGCCCUCUCCGCCAUCGCUGCCGCCCUCCUCCUGGCCAUCCUGCUGGCGUAUUUCAUAGGCAGCCAGCAAGGUGCCUGCCAGAGGAUAAGCUGGUCCGGAGCUUCCCAGACCAUGGUGCUCGAGCUUGCCUGGAGGCAAAGGAGACACCUGUGCUUCCCCAGAGAUCUGGGGCCUUGCACAGAGCAAAGCACAGCAGACCAAAACCUGCUGGAAGGGUUUCACUCUCUUUCACUAAAUAUUGUCGCUGUGCUCAUCUUAAUAUGGAAAACUAAGUUUGUGCAGCCCUUGUUAUUUGCAUCUCUCAGGAGUGAGUGCCCUCUGGAA